GCUGCGCAGGAGAGGUCCAAGGCGAAUAAAAACCACACGACCGUCUCUGCUCCCAACAGGGCAAUGACUGCCCACCCCCAGCUAAGAAACUGCCAGAAUAACUCUGCCGCCUCCCCCUGCUUCUCCCACUCCCCCAGAACCAUUACAAUGCCAAGGCCACGUCUUUUGUCUCUGGAUCGCUGUCCAUUCACCGUCUCCCUGACAACAAAUGGGAAGAAAAUUCCCGGGGAAAAAACCAAAAACCAACCAAUCAACCAAACAUACAAUCUAACUAAACCAAAACUAAACAAAAACCUAACCCCAGGCAAACAUAAAAAGUUGGGAUAUUGUUUCUUAGAAUGAAUUCGUCCAUGUCUACAUCAAAGCAGAAAGAACACACUUCACUUCAUGCAACCUGUAGUCUGUUUUCUGUAGAUCAGCUUGAACCUGGGAUGGAAGGAAUAGAGAGGAGCCAGAGGAUGUCAGUAGCUCAAGAACAACAGGAUAAAAGAAAAGGAAAGGGAACACACAAGCUUCUUCAUCAUGGGAGCUGUAGUAGCUGAUGAUGGUCCAUCAGGUGUUAAAGCCCCUGAUGGAGGCUGGGGCUGGGCUGUCCUUUUUGGCUGUUUUAUCAUCACAGGAUUCUCCUAUGCCUUUCCUAAGGCAGUUAGUGUCUUCUUUAAAGAACUUAUCCGGGAAUUUGGCAUUGGAUAUAGUGACACUGCAUGGAUUUCCUCCAUUCUGUUGGCCAUGCUUUAUGGAACAGGUCCACUUUGUAGCGUAUGUGUCAAUCGCUUUGGUUGUCGCCCUGUCAUGCUGGUGGGUGGCCUUUUUGCUUCAAUGGGGAUGGUGAUAGCUUCCUUCUGCACAAGCAUCGUUCAGAUCUAUCUAACUGCAGGUGUGAUUACCGGUUUGGGUUUGGCACUAAACUUUCAGCCUUCACUCAUCAUGUUAAACCGUUACUUUGACAAACGCCGGCCCUUAGCCAAUGGGCUAUCUGCUGCUGGGAGCCCAGUGUUUCUUUGUGCUCUCUCACCGUUGGGGCAGAUACUACAGCAUGAGUACGGUUGGAGAGGAGGAUUCCUUAUCCUGGGUGGGAUGCUGCUCAACUGCUGUGUAUGCGGAGCACUAAUGAGACCUUUGGAGCCACCCAAAAAGGCUGAAGCUACCAAAGAGCCAGCUGAGAAGAAAGUGAAGAAAAAACUUCUGGAUUUCAGUGUGUUUAAAGACAGUGGUUUUGUAAUCUAUACGCUAGCAGCAUCUAUCAUGGUGCUUGGCCUCUUUGUUCCCCCAGUGUUUGUUGUGAGUUAUGCCAAGGAUUUAGGGUAUCAAGACACCAAAGCAGCUUUUCUUCUGACUAUUCUGGGAUUCAUUGAUAUCUUUGCUCGCCCAAUCUGUGGAAUGGUUGCUGGUCUUAAAUGGGUUAGACCACGCUGUGUCUACCUCUUCAGUUUUGCUAUGAUUUUUAAUGGCUUUACAGAUCUCAUGGGCUCUAUGUCUGCUGAUUAUGGUGGACUGGUGGUCUUUUGCAUUUUCUUUGGCAUUUCUUAUGGAAUGGUAGGUGCUCUUCAGUUUGAAGUUCUCAUGGCUAUCGUUGGUACGCAGAAGUUUUCCAGUGCUAUCGGUUUAGUGCUCCUGGCAGAAGCUAUGGCUGUUCUGAUCGGUCCACCAUCAGCAGGAAAACUCCUGGAUGCAACGGGGAGGUACAUGUUUGUUUUCAUUAUUGCUGGAAUUGAAGUUACCACCUCAGCCCUUGUACUGGCCUUGGGAAAUUUCUUCUGCAUUAAGAAAAAAUCAGAAGAACCACAUACAAGAGAAGAAGCAGCAGAACGAGAGGAAUUAAACAAAUCUGAAAACAAAGCUCCUGAAGAUGCCAAAGUGGACUCUAUUGAAGUGGAGCAGUUUCUGAAAGAUGAGCCUGAAAAAAAUGGCGAAGUUGUAACUAACCCAGAAACAUGUGUGUGAGCAUGAUAAGGAACUGAAAAGUGUUUAGAAAUGAAAGAUUUUCAAUGCUAUUUAUUUUAGAAACAGAAAUAGUUUAGGGCUGGGCCAUCUGCUUUAGUAACUGGGGGCUAGUCAGCUCAUCAGGUCUCUUUGGAAGCUGAUUAGCUAGACAACAUCUUACCAGAAAAACAGCUUUAUUGGUAAAAGGUGGAACACUGUGGUUAUACAUUUUAUGUAAACUAAAAAGCUUUUAUGAACACAAGUAGGGUCUUGCUAUGCAUCACCAGAAACCGCUCACUUGGAAGAUACAGAAAAAGCGUAUUUUUAGAAAAGUGGAAUUAUAUGUAUGUUUUCAGACAAUAUUGAUGAAAUUGCUGUGUUGUGUGGCUAAAUAUAAUUUCCCUAUGUUCUCUGUGAAGGGAAAAGACUUUGAGAUGGAUAAAAAUCUCAGGAACUUAAAGGCCUCCAUUAGGUUUUUGAAUUUCUUACCUUUUUAGAUUUUUUUAGAUUAAUUGGCUCAGCCCUAAUUUAAUUUUGAUAAUAUCUGUAACUUUGAUUUCUAUAAAUGCAUUUCUGCCUAAACCUGUAACCUUUGCAAUCAUCAUCUGGAAAUCCUGUUUUUGGAAAGGCACAUUACAGACAGUGUCCUCAGCACAUCACACAAGUGGUAUUCCAAGACAGUACUUAAAAAAAAAAAAAAAAAAAAAAAGGAGCAGAAUGGACCCUGACAGACCUCAGACCUGAGGAAACAAACUUAGCCCACAAUUCCAUAUACUGUAUUCAAUAAAAUUUCCCUAGAGCAUUGAAAAAUAUUACAAGUAACAUGGACAAGAUGAUCAGUAGAAUAUUCUGAAAAAAGUGUCCAUUUUGCAUAUAAAAGAAAUGAUGGUGCAAGUUUCCAGAUGACCUACAGAGUGGGUAGACUGAGGGAAGAGAUUGAACUACUUUGAAACAUGUCAGUCAUCCAUAAAAUGCAAUGUUAGCAUCACGGGGAGAUUUUAACAUGUUUAGUUUUGAGGUUUUUUUCUUCCUCAUUUAUCCCACUUCCCUACCCCCUGGCUUAAUCUAUGGAAGUUCAAAGUGCCAUUCUUGCUGUUUGAGGAAACAUGAUAGAACUGUUCAUCAUUUUUAUAAUGGCACGGUACUGAAUAGAAAUAGAAGGGAAAAGAAAGGCAUUGUAUUUUUUUUCCAACCGAAACCACUCAAGAAAUGUAGUUUUUUAAAUAUAAAAUCAUGCUACUGCAUCCUAUCUCUCAAAUCUGCUUAUAAAAUGCUGAAUAGGCUUUGUAACUGCAGUAACAAUCUUCAAAACAGACAAAAUGUAACAGAUUCCAUUUUCUUAGUAGUAGUAAAGGAAUAUUGGCUUUCAGGUGCCAAAAUUGUUCUGCUUAAUAACUGAAAAUUGAAAGACCCUAAUCCCUUAAAACUCAGUAUCCACUUAAAAUUUUUACCAGAAACAAAGUGCCAAAACCAUGAACCAUUCUCUAAUGAAUGGUACCAGCUUCCAUUUUGGAAGUUUCUUCAAAAUGGUUUUGCAUUGUUAGGACAACCUUGCACAGAAAUCGGAAAGUUAGAAAUACCACUUUUAAAAGAAAUGGAUGCUGUAUAGAAUAAACUGAGUUUAUAUCCUAUGUAGUGCAUUAUUUUAAAAUCUUAUUUAUUUAGAGGCAGCAAUUGUAGCGAAUGACAUUUCCCAGUUGUAACAGCUUACUUACUGAACUUAGCUCCAGUUUGCUAAAGACUAAAUUGGUACUUGAAACACAACACUGAUAGCUCCAGAAGGCCAGUGAAAAACAGAAUCCACAGAGUAAUUUAUCAUAUCCUUGGAGGCUGCUUCAGAUGAUACAUGAAGGCCUGAUACAGCUUUCAGAUUGAAUUUCCCUGUUGUUUCAAAAAGCAGAAAAUAUAAACCUUUCCAAAGGUGAAUUCCGAUUCUCAGAUAGCCAUUUUUGUCUUACUGUGUGCUUUCAUCACUGGAUUUCUUUGCUAGAUAAUGCUAUGCAGUUAUCACAGAACUAAAUGGUUGUUCCUUUGACCUCAGGUUUUGGCACAAUUUUAAGUUUCUGUACAUUCUGCAAAUUGUCUAGACUGCUUUAUAUGUGACAGAAUGUUAUUUGUGCUUAUCAUACUGACUUUCCAGACUAUGUUUAAUUUUCCAUACAUAAUACUUUUACAGUUAAGCUGGAAAAAGCUUUAUGUUGUAAUUUUAUGUGAUUUGAGACAGAAAAGGAAGUUAGGAAGACAAGGAGACACGGUUCAACAAGAAACCAUAAAUAAUCUUGUAAGUAAAACUGGUAUUCACAGAAA